AUGCUGAUUGUGGUGUUGGGUACAGUUGGAGCAGUAGGAGAUGGGAUGUCACUUAGCAGCAGUCUUAUGAAUAACUUGAGAUAUGGUCAGAGCCAACAGAACAAUAAUCAUGGGAUCAAUUGGAAGCACGAGGUGGCGGUGGGGAGUAGAGGAGGUGGUGUGCCGCUUGCGGUGGUUGCUAUUGCUUGGGUCAUUCUGGUUGUGGCGGUGGUUUAUUGGGCGGGGGCUGGGAAGGGGUCUUAA